CCUCUUUAUUUUUAUAUCCUAUUGUGCCAAAGUGCCAUGUCUGCUGAAAAGGAGCCCGACUUGAAGUCGCUAGCUAAAGCGCUCUCAGAGAGCUAUUCGUCUUUAUUAAAAUAUUCGUCGCUCCCAGAUAAUGCCAUUACCAAUCACUUGUCGCAGCUUGCAAAGUACAGCAGCCAUUUGCCUCUUUCCUGGUUCACUUCCUCUUUGAUUCAGGUGCUUGUUGUACUCAACGAUCGAUUCCGCAAGCAACAGCAAUACCCCGCCCUCGCUUCCAUCUACACCUUGUGGGCCGUAUGGACUCGUCGACUUUCCGGUUCGCCCACCGAUAUUCAGAACGCAGACCCUCAGCUAUCCAAUGUUCUUGGCUUGAUGCGAGAAUUACUCUUGUCCGAUCUUCCGCCGACUGCAUUGGCCAUUCGUAAAGAUGCUUGGAUAGGAUUGGUGGCUCUCGUUGGUCGCUGUCCCCCAGGCUUUCCAGAGGCAAAGCUAAUCGAGGCCAUGACCGAUAUCAUCGAUCGAUAUGCUGAGCAACCCGAUAUAUGCGAGGCUAUGGGAGAGACUUUUGAUGCUGGUGUGGCGCAUUGCUUGGCCCAAACAACCAUGCUUAACGAAUUGGAAAUGGAUCACUGUCAACGUUUAUUGGAAGCGGAAGUGAAAAUGGUAUCUGGACGGGAAGCCGGCAUCCGAUCGCUUAUGACGGUCAUGGAGCAUACAGUGGAUGUUCGCUCGCAGCAGAAACCGCAGACACGUGCAGAGGCUGAUUUACAAACGCUGGUGCGACUGGCCGAUACCAUUUUGCAGAGCGAUCCACUCGCUUCUUUACCCAUCCGAAUGACACGCAUGGCUAUUCUUGCCGGCAUCCUUCGCAUGCUUCAAUUCACGCAAGGACCGAAAACGAAAAAGGUGAAGGCGCUGCGCAACGAAGCGGAAACUCUAUAUGUCCGCCAUCUGGAUGCAUUGGUCACGGAUAUUUUAAAGCCCGAGCAAGUUCAUCAGUUUGACAAGUAUCAAGAUAUUAUCUUGAUUUUUGUUGGUCAAUGUAUUCCAAACAUACCUUCCAAAGCAUUGAGAGAACUUCAUUUACCAUCCUUGUUACAUGUAUGCGUUUCUGCCCUGUUGACCAACCAUCGUACAUGGAACAACGGCCAGUUUCUAUACAAUCUGAAAAACACCAAAGAAACAGUUCAGCAUUUGAAUGAUCUUGUUGACAACGCCUUGUUCAAGGAUAUUGGUCGCGUCUCCCGUGCAAUAGGAAACAUUGUCCGAGCCAUGCUUGAAUCCAACAGUGAAGACAACGCGCCUCAUGUACAGGAGGUUCUUGAUCGGUUGGUGGCGUUCUCUUAUAAUGUCUUGAUUAGUUGGGAUCGAUUCAUUCUGGAGCAUCCGGAGUCUCUCAUGAACGAAGCCGAGAAACAAACUUUGAAGAAUCUGGAUACAGCGAUAUUGUCGAUAUUGAAAGCGAUGCUAUUUGCGUUUACGGCUAUUGUAAAGACUGUUGCUGUCGAUGUAUCCAAUGGCGAAGGACUGCUGGCGGUACAAUACUCUGCUCAGGACAUACUGUCUAUCUAUGCCAAUCUACAGUUCGUUACGGAUAAACUAGGAUCAGGAACCGGUUUCCAAGCCUACCAAGAUACCUUAACCAAUGCGGUGGCGUAUCUCACUCAUGAAGAUCAUCUUUGUCAACUCAAUCGAUUUAUUUCGCUCGCUUUUCGUGAAUAUGCUCCUCAGCAGUUCAUCAAUGAUCCAACCCAUCCUACCGAUAUUCUUUCACCGGGACAUACUGCUCGAUUAACCUUUUUCACUAAUCUUAUUGAGCAAGUGAUGAAAGACAUUGAUGAUACCAUUCUGGAAAACGAUAUCCUUCCUGUGAUUUACCCUGUCUUGAAAUGGCGAAAGAUCAAGAACAAGGAGUUAUACGAAAGCGCGCAUGCAGCUAUGCUGAGCAUCUUUGCCGCCGAAAAGCCAGUAUCUCGCGAAGUGGCAGGCGUCUAUGCUAACAUCUUGAUUGAGAGCUUCCCGGAACCUAUGACGCAUCAUCAGCUGCGUUUCGCCUACACCACCAUGAUCCAAUCGCUAUGUGCUAUGGACGACGCGUUAGCGUGGUUGACCGUGGCAAGGGUACUCGAGAAGUUGCGGACGCUUGAGAGCGAGCAAGACACGGUGCUUCAAUCUCAGUAUACAGUGGUCCUCAUUGAUCUAUUGAAACCCAUGUCGUUGGGUCCUUUUCUCGGCAAGCUGUUGCAGGAAAUCGAAUACCAAGUGUUGAAGCAGGAGACACCCAAUGCACGAGAAGCAACGUUAAAAAUCAUAUUUGAAGUGGUUAGCGGGACUGGCAUUUCAGAUAUGAGACGUGUGGAGGCUGUAGGAUGGUUUUUAGAUUUGAAACGUCGCGUGGCAGCUCUCUCUACCCAUAAAUAUGAAGAGCAAAAAGAGCGAAAAUGAUACGUCUUUGAUACGAUUUAGCUCAAUACAUGUAUACUUAAAUAGAUGUUGUGAAUGCAAGGAU